UCUGUCCCUCCGUCUGAAUUGUUCUGAAACCAUAUCAGAGCCAAGACCCAUGGCCGCCGCAGCGCCGCGCACGUACGCUGACUUCGAGCCGCCGCACAGCCUGCAGGAGGAGCCCGGCCAGUUGGCCCUCCGCGUCGACCUCUCCGCUGAAGGGUUCAAGAAGGAGCAGAUCAGGGUGCAGAUCGACAACUUCGGCACGCUGCGGAUAUCCGGCGAGCGCCCCCUCGGCGCCGACGGCAGCCGGUGGAGGCGCUUCGGCAAGGAGUUCCAGGUCCCCGACACCUGCGACGCCGCCGCCAUCCGCGCCAGGCUCGACAAGGAAGGCGUCCUCCUCAUCACCAUGCCGAAACUGUCCGCGACGGCUGCGCCGCCGGCGCCGGCCGAGGAGCCGGCGGCGCCAGGCGCGAACACGGGUGCCGCCGCCGCCGCCGCUGGCCGGGACCACGAACCUGCAGGUCACGCUCAUGCCAGUGCAUCCCAAGCGGGUACUGCUGCUGCCGAAGCUGAAGAAGAGAAGGGCCACAAGGAGGAGGACGACACCAGGGCAGCGGCCAUGGACCGUCCAGGCGGCCAACAAGACGAGCAGCACCCAAGCAGCGACGACGCCGCUGCGGCAACCGCACCUCCCGCUAGCCAGCCGGCGGCGUACGGCUUCGCCAAGGACGGCAGGAAGAUGCUACUGGCGAUCUUCGCCGUGAUGCUGGCCCUGGUUGCCGCCGGCCUGUUCGCGAGGUACACGAUGGAUCCAUCGGCUGAGACGCCGUCGUCAGGCAACCACAUUGUCAGUCUCUCGGAUAGCUGAUCGUGGCGCAACAGUGAAAAAUUACUCUUAGUACGCGUACGCCUGAACAAUGUGCAAACGUGGUGGUUGCAUACCGUAUAGUUUAUACGUUCCAUCACUGUACAUAUAUGUGUGAUGACUGCGUAUUGUUACACAAAAGAAAAAAAACAGAGAGUUCAGUUCAAAGCUUGGAAAA